AGUCGGGCCAGUCUAACGACGAGAGCUGAAGCAUAAAGACAUGCGACGUCUCGGGAGCAACGGCCGUCAGAGUCAUUGAACGCUUGCAUUUUCCUGGCCCAAACGCAGAUCAUCACACGCCGAGACAGUGCCCGCGGACAAUCGGUCUACACUAAAAUAAUAAACACGAGCUUGAACUAAAUAGUGCUUAAAUCAGUAAGUAUGGUGCUGGCCACGCCCCCCGUCGGCAAGGGAGGAAGCUUCAUGGAGCAGUAUCAGCAGUACUCCGCCCACUGUGAGGCCGCGGACAGCGGCAAUGGCAGCGACCUCGAGAGCAACGGCAUCCCGGCCAAGCCGGACGACAGUGAGGAGAGCGGACCCUCCUCCCUGGGCAGCGACUCCAUGCACGGCAGCAGCACGGAGUACGUCCGCCAGGCCGCCUCCCAGCCAAGUGGACAGCGGCAGCGCCAAAAGUCGCUAAGGGCCUUGGGCGCCCUGCUACCAGAUAGCCUGCUCCGUGACAUUCGAGAUCGACGCGGGUCCGAAUUCGUGGUGCAGUUGUCCAGCAAGCCCGAGGAGAAAAAGAUCCAGGCCAAGGCCCCGGAGCAGCAGAGCAGCCCGUUACGUCUGGCCCGCGAGUCGCUGAGCGAGGAGAAGAUCGAGGAGCUGCGGGCGGCCGUGGAGCGAGCCAACUUUGUGCAAACCGGUGAGGAGACGCUGGACAGCAUUGAGGCCGCCCCGCAAUCGCUGCCUGCAAGCAGCAGCAACAUCAACUACAAGUAUGCGGACGACCAAUACUACAGCUUUCACAUCAACGAGCACGAGAACUUCCCCAGCUUCCCGGGCAACGGCGACGAGGUGGACCAUUCCCGCGGAGCAGGUGCGGGAGCAGAGGCGCAGAGCGGGAUCCUAACGGAGCAGCAAGACCUCUUCGCCGGCUAUCGGGAUGUGCGCUGCGGGGCCGGUUCAACGCAGUCCACCAUCAGAUCGGCCAAGGGAACGGUGCGGGGCGUCAGGAACCGUGUGCGCAAUGGAAUAGCCACGUUCUUGCAGCUUCACCAGCAGCCCAAUGCCAAGAACUUCAAGGAGAAAGACCUGGGCAAGGUGGUACUGUACACCACCAGCAUGGGCAUCAUCCGGGACACGUACACGAAGUGCGCCAAUGUCAAGCAGAUACUGCGCACCCUGCUGGUCAAGUUCGAGGAGCGGGACGUCUUCAUGAGCGUGGAGUACCAGGCGGAGAUGCGCCAGCGGAUGCAGGCGGGCCAGGUGCGAGUCCCCCAGCUGUACGUCGAGGGCCAGCACAUCGGCGACGCCGAGACUGUGGAGCGCCUGAAUGAGUCCGGCGAGCUGAGGCAGCUGCUCAAGCCCUACAAGUCCAUGGCCAGCACCUUCACCUGCCAGACCUGCGGCGGCUACCGCCUGCUGCCCUGCCCCUCCUGCAACGGCUCCAAGAAGUCCGUGCACCGCAACCACUUCACCGCCGAGUUCGUGGCGCUCAAAUGCAUGAACUGCGACGAGGUGGGCCUGGUCAAGUGCCACAGCUGCUGAGCUGCAAGCUGCUAGCUGCCAAUUGUGUCUGCAUUUCCGCUCCGCCGUAGAUCACCGUAGUUGUAAGCCCAGUUAAUAUUAGUCACACCAACUAACAAUCGCAUUACUCUAGGUCUAAGUAGUAAAUAGCAAAACAGUACGUGGUCUCUGCGUUUCUUUCUGGAGAAUGGGAGUAUGGGGUUGAUAUUUCAAGGAAAAGUAACAAAAGUUUGUAAUCGCUUUGGGUCAUUAAUUUUUAUCGGAGCACUGAAAACUGAAUGAAUUACUUAAAUAAAAUCCCAGUUGUAAGUGUAAGUGAACUUAAUAUAAGUCUAUCCAUAAAGAUUAAUUGAGAUACUCUAGGUCUAAGUAGUAAAUAGUUAAUAAAUGCAA